GGCGGCACAAGCGGCUGCAGCGCGCUGGCUGCACUCUGAGUGAGCCAUGCCGGCGGCGCGCGUGGAGUACAUCGCGCCCUGGUGGGUCGUGUGGCUGCACAACGUCCCGCACUUCGGUCUGCGCCUGCAGCCGGUGGACAGCACCUUCAGCCCCCGCGAUGAGAGUUACCAGGAGGCACUGCUGCUCCUCGGGCUGCUGGCCGCCGUCUGCCUGGGCCUGAACCUCGCCUUCCUGGCGGCCUACCUGGUGUGCGCGUGCUGCUGCCGGCGGGACCCCGUGGUGCAGACCAAGCAGCGCAGCUCCUGCUGUGUCACCUGGACGGCAGUGGUGGCCGGCCUCGUCUGCUGUGCCGCCGUGGGCACCGGUUUCUAUGGGAACAGCGAGACCCACGACGGGGUGCACCAGCUCCUCUACUCCCUGGAGAACGCGAACCACACCUUCUCCGGGAUCGACGAACUGGUGUCCGAAAAUGCCCAGAAGAUGCAGGUGGACCUGGAGCAGCACCUGGCCCGGCUCCACGAGCUCUUUGCUGCCCGGGGCGACUACAUCCAGACCCUGAAGUUCAUGCAGCAGAUGGCAGGCAGCAUCGUCAUCCAGCUCUCAGGACUGCCCGUGUGGAGGGAGGUCACCACCCAGCUGACCCAGCUGUCUGACCAGACGGGCUACGUGGAGUACUACAGGUGGCUCUCCUACCUCCUCCUCUUCAUCCUGGACCUGGUCAUCUGCUUCGUCGCCUGCCUGGGACUGGCCAAGCGCUCCAAGUGUCUCCUGGCCUCGACGCUGUGCUGUGGGGUGCUGGCGCUGCUCCUCAGCUGGGCCUCGCUGGCCGCCGACUCGGCCGCAGCAGUGGGCACCAGUGACUUCUGUGUGGCUCCCGACGCCUUCAUCCUGAACAACACCCGGGGCCGCGUCAGCACAGCAGUGACCCGCUACUACCUGUACUGCGGUCAGAGUGUAAGCAGCCCCUUCCAGCAGGCGUUGACCACCUCCCAGCGCUCGCUGACCACCCUGCAGAUCCAGGUCGUGGGGCUGCUGCAGUUCGCUGUGCCCCUCUUCCCCACAGCAGAGAAGGAUCUCCUUGGAAUCCAGCUCCUGCUGAACACGUCAGAGACCAGCCUUCACCAGCUGACCGCCAUGUUGGACUGCCGAGGGCUGCACAAGGACUACCUGGAUGCCCUCACCGGCAUCUGCUACGACGGCAUCGAGGGCCUGCUCUACCUCGGCCUCUUCUCCCUCCUGGCCGCCCUGACCUUCUCCACCCUGAUCUGUGCGGGACCACAGGCCUGGCAGCACUUCUCCACCAGGGACAGAGACUACGAUGACAUCGAUGACGACGACCCCUUUAACCCUCAAGCACGGCGCAUCGCGGCCCACAACCCGCCGCGGGGGCAGCUGCACAGCUUCUGCAGCUACAGCAGUGGCCUGGGCAGUCAGAGCAGCCUGCAGCCCCCCACCCAGACCGUCUCCAACGCCCCCGUCUCUGAGUACAUGAACCAGGCCAUGCUGUUUGGAGGGAACCCGCGCUACGAGAACGUGCCGCUCAUCGGGAGAGGCUCCCCUCCACCCACGUACUCUCCCAGCAUGAGGGCCACCUACAUGUCCGUGGCAGAUGAGCACCUGAGGCACUAUGGGAACCAGUUUCCAGCCUAAGAGACUUGGACGUCCGGGAGCGCCGGCCUCCUCCUUCCCCGUGGUGUUAACGAGUGUGAAUAUAAACUGUUUCUUCGAUAGAAACCAAAGCACCUGCAGGCUGGCCGACUCCUGGGGCAGCAGAGGCAUGGCUGAGACUCCUGACCAGAGCCCUGGACGGACAGAAGGCCCACGACUGGGCCAGCCUCUCCUGCCUUGCUCUGCACCCCAGACCACCCCAGGACCUGGCCGCCGUUCCUGAGCCACAUGCCUGGUUCAGCUCAUCCUGACGUCCCUUGUUUGCCAGGGUGGGGGAGCGGCGGUAAGAAGGGGCUCACAUCCGUCUGCACUGGCCUCAGAGCAGUGUUCCCGUGGGCCCCCCACCAGACUCUGUCCCUGGCUAGCAAGGCCGGCAGCCUGGGCAGAUACUCUCUGUGUCCUCUGUCCUCCAUUUCCCAGCAGGGCACAGUGGGAGGGACUGAUCAGGAGACGUGCUUAGGGACCGUGGUGUCCCUGAGACCAGAACACUCUCCACGUUCCCAGGGCCACACAGACUUCCUGAGCCCAGGGGCACUGUGUCAGGGUGGAGGGGGAGGCUGGUGGCCCAGGUGGACACGGGAGAAAGCUGCCAUGUUCCACCCAUCUCCGGCCUCCAUCGGCCAGAACCAGCUCUGGAAUGGAUGCUGCAGGCAGGGACCGUCUCAGGGGUGAGCAGACACUUUGAAAGCAGCUUAACUCUUUUUUCCAGUGUUUUAAACAUUUUGAUGAUCCAAAGACUUGCGACUCCUCGCCUUCCAGUCCCUACGCUAGAUUCGGGCGCAUCCCUCACACGGUUUCUGCACCGCCGCCUUUGCGGGUUUCGCUGGCGCUGGCCAGUUCUUAACAGAUCUGGAGGACAGGGAGGGCGGGAUGUUUAAAUAAAAGAAAAGAGACAUCCUGUCCAAGGGGCUGUCAGAGGGCAUCUGGAGGCCCGGUGAGAGGUGAGAGAGCUCACAGGACAAGCGGGGCGGGGUCCCCUGUUCUGGGGACAACCUGGGGACAGCUGUCGCCUCCCUUUGGUCUUGGAGCAGGUUGGCCACUGGCUUUAGUGAAAUGCUACUAUCCUGGCUCCAUGUGGGCACAGGUCCCACCUCCCCGUCCCCACCCCAGUGUCUGGGGCCCCUGCCCUACCAGGUGAGAAGGACGGAAAUGGUGUUGGCCGGGAGGGAACGAUGACCCACAUCCUGCCCGCCCAGGGACCAGGGUGGGGUCUUUGGUGCUCCCACCCUCCUGCCAUCCCAGCAUGCACAACACUGGAGCCGGGCCUUUGCAGCAGAGAGGGGCCACGGCUAACCGCUCAGGACGGGCUCUGCUCCCCUUGGGAAGAGCCACUUUGGCAGCACAAAUGGACUGCAGAGUGGGCCUCAGCCCCAGGGCAGCCGGGGCCCUCUGUAACUCACCCGUGUCCCACUGUGACUCACUCGUGUUAACCUGUGCUUCCCGUGAACGCCUCUGGGUGCCCAUGUCACCUGCAGCUAGGAGCUCCGACCUCGAGCUGUGGCUUCUAACGGUUCAUUCUUGAUAACCUGACAGUUAUUUUUUAUGCAUGUAAACUAAACUAAAAUCCCUCGGGGGUUGCCGUGGGGGCCGGGUGGGCAGACCUUUGCCUGACACAUGUAUGUCCUCACCUGGAGAAGGAAUAAACCACUUGUACUAACCUGG